AUGCUUGUCCAUAAGUUGAGCCAAUUAGUCCCAUCCUCCGAGGUCACAAUCAACAACUUCUGCCCUGGCUUCAGCGCAUACACAGCGCUCGGACGUGAAGUACCCAAGGGCGCGCCUAGAAUCCUCAUGGGUAUCAUGCAGGCUGUUCUAGGUCGAACGGCUGAGCAGGGUGCUUGGACGUACAUUGAUGCAGCUGCUAUCAAAGGCGAGGAGUCUCACGGCUCGUUCGUGUUCGGUUGGGAUAUGUUCCCUUUUCACCCUUUGAUGUACACUAAAGAGGGAGAGGAAGUAAUGGAACGACUCUGGAGCGAGACACUGGCAGAUCAAGAAGCCUUUGGCGUCCGGGAGGCACUCGAAGCUAUCGAACGAUUGUGA